GUCGUUUGGAGCACCACCACCACAAGAAGAUGUUGAACUGGCAAAGAAAAAUCUUCGUCUCCUGCCAGGAGAGCAUGCUCCUGGAGAUCACCUUGGAACUGUUGCUACUUCUCCUCAGGUUUCAGGAAAAGGUCCACCUUCAGGAAGUUACAAUGAAUCUGGCUACCACAGUUUUGCUGAAGCUCAAUUGGACCCACAUUCUUUGGAAGCCAGAAACAAUGCUCUGAAUGAGGAAAGAAAUGACUCAACACCAACUUCUAGUAACCAGAGAUGGCGAGCGUACAAGCAGGGUCAUCAGAAUGAGGACAUAAAAUCUCCGCAGAAGAUUGCAGAAAAUGGCCUGCCAGGAGCAGGGGAAGGUCAAAUGAAGUUGCCGAAGGAAGCCUUGAAGCCAGCAGGUGACACAAGCGGCCUUAUUUCAAGUGCCAGAGAUAAUCUCAAUCGUCAGUUUGCUGCCAAGCUUGCCCCAGCCCCAGUUCCUGCAGCAGAAGCAGAGAAGAAGACUGAAAGUGAUCUUCAGUGGGAUAGAAUUCAGAGAAGACUCAAGAGGCAGUUAAAGAUAAAAGAUAUGGACUUCACCGACCUGCAAGAUGAAGAUGAUGAGGAUGUUCUGUCCCCACCCAAAAUCAUUUUUGACGGAUCUCUUGGUCCACCACCCCCACCAGGAGGUUUACCCCCACCGCCUCCACCUGGAGGGGUUCCCCUUCCGCCUCCACCUCCACCAGGGGGUCUGGGACCUCCUCCCCCACCUCCACCAGGGGGUCUGACCCCACCUCCUCCACCACCUGGUGGCCGCAUGACUGCCACUGUUCAGAACCCCUCCUCACUGCCCCCACCUCCUGGUGCUAAUCUGAAGAAGAAUAAGAAGACUGUCCGCCUACACUGGAGAGCUCUGCCAACAGACAACCCACACCCAGCCACAAAGGGAGAAAUGAUCUGGAAGCAGCUAGUGCCUGUUACCAUUGAUACAGAAAAACUGGAGCAUUUGUUUGAGACCAAAACCUCAGAACUGAAGACUAAGAAACAAGACACCACUGGAAAGAAAGAGAUCACAGUUCUGGAUCCAAAGCGAUCAAACGCUAUCAACAUUGGUCUGACUGUGCUGCCACCACCAAGAACAAUUAAAGCAGCUAUACUGAAAAUGGACAACUCCAUAAUGAACAAAGAAGGAAUUGAGAAAAUCUUAACAACAAUGAUUCCCACAGAGGAAGAGAAGGCCAAGAUUCUAGAAGCUCAGAUGGCCCACCCAGAUACUCCUUUGGGAACUGCUGAACAGUUCCUCCUGACAUUGUCUUCAGUGUUUGAGCUUGAGGCCAGACUUAAGCUGUGGCUCUUCAAGUUGGAUUAUGAAUUGUUGGAACAGGAAGUUGCUGAGCCUCUCAUGGACCUCAAGAAAGGAAUGUCAGAGCUUCAGAAAAACAAAACUUUCAGAUGCAUUCUUUCAGGGAUCUUGGCUGUUGGAAAUUUCUUGAAUGGAGCUUCUGUCCAUGCAUUCAGUAUAGAGUUCCUGCAGCGGGUACCAGAGAUCAAGGACACAGUACACAAACAUUCACUUCUUCACCAUCUCUGCACAAUUAUCAUUGAGCAGUUUCCAGAUUCUACUGACCUGUACUCUGAGAUUGGGCCCAUUACCAGGUGUUCUAGGGUUGACUGGGAUGAGCUGGCACAUAAGUUAGAUAAGAUGGAGCAUGAUUGUAAAGCAUCAUGGGAUUAUCUGCGGGCAAUUGUCAAGCAUGAUGGCAGCUCUACAGACCUCAAGGGAAAGAUGUCAUUAUUUUUGGCUGAUGCUGCUGAGAGAAUAAUGAUUUUACAUAUUAUUUUCAAAAGAGUGUUGAACAGAUACAACAAGCUGCUUUUGUUUUUGGGUUUCCCUGUUGCUGAUGCACGUGACCUGAAGAUAAACCACUUCUGUAAAGUUGUCAGUGAGUUCGCCUUAGAGUACCGCACAACCAGGGACAAAGUGAUACAGAUGCUACAGAAGAAAGCCAGUCAGAGAGAGAGGAAGAAGACACGAGGGAAAAUGAUUGUUGAUACUGAAAACUUCAAGAGUAAAGAUGCAGGGAAUGACGAAGCUUUAAAUGCUAUCUUGAAAAAUGGCUACACAAGUGCUGACGAGAGGGGUUUGCCUGGACAGAAAUGCCGUAGGAAAUUAGAUGCAAGAUCAAUGGGUUCCAGGGGAGGUAUGACAACAGACUCUGACAUGUAUGACACUGGGGAUGAUGAAAUUCUGGAAGCUUGUGUCCGAACUGCAACUGCACCCAGUUCACGACCACAGAGAGAGCGCAAGCGGUCUCGAAGUCAUCGCAAAUCAUCAUUUUGGGACAGUGAUUUCUAG